AUGCUGCGGAUUGGUCCCGUCCCGGGGUUAGCCGACGGCUAUAUCCCACAGGCAAUCAUUAUCGGAGGUGGUCCAGCUGGACUGGCGGCGGCCAUACGACUCAAGGCGUACAAUGGGAUUGAUACGUCGGUCUACGAACUACGGCCGGAACCAACUACCUUUGGAGGCGCGGUGAAUAUUCCUUCCAACGGCUUGCGCCUGAUUGAUCGGCUGGGUCUGUACGAGAAGCUCUGCUCCCGCGGGUCAUACAACCACGAAGGGUGGGAAGCAUUCGGCGAAAGGGAGAUUGAAGGUUUCAAGGAAAACCUACUGCAGGUUAUCCGCAGCGCGAGUGGCAGCUGGGCGGAUCGAUUGCGCGAGAUCAUCCGCAAAACCGAAACUAUAAAGUUCUAUCCUAUUUACAAGAUGCCCACGGCUGCGACUUGGGCCACGAAGCGCUGCUUGCUCAUGGGCGAUGCAGCCCACGCGAUGCAGCCACAUGCGGGCCAAGGCGCAUCGAUGGCCUUGGAAGAUGUCUUCUUGUUUUCACGGCUGCUAGAAGGUACCUCGAGACCACUGAUGGAACUAUUCCAGGACUACGAGUCUAUUCGCCGGCCCCGUGUUGAGGCUAUCGCUCGUUUGUCAAGCGAAAACGGAAAUCUACGGAAGAACGCGAGUCCUCUGGGGUUCAAGGCAAAAGAGAUUGCCCUUGGGGUAGGCUUCUGGCUGUACAAAAUGGCGGGGUUGCAGAAAUGGGGAAUCGGCAUGCAGCAGAAAGAGUUCGCCUAUGACAUUAUGGACGAGCCCCUUCCGCCGAGGAAUAUUGAUAAUUAA